CAUUAACAUACCCACUUAAAUCCAACCCUCCCAUUAAAAAAUUGACAAAGAAUCUCUCUCUCUCUCUACCCACCUAACUUAAUCUCUCUCUUAAAAGUGUUUGUGUCUGUUACUUAGCACUGUGACCUUGUGAGAAGUUAUGUUUGUACUUUUAAAGGGCCUUGUAUAUUUUUUAUUUGUUUGCUUCUUUUGUGUCAGUUCUAGUUGUGUUCGUUCAUUAACUUAUGUUUGUGUGGGCUGUUCUAACCCACAUGGGAAACUCAAAGCUCUGCAAGUUCCAGAGCUUGAGCUCUGAGAAAACUAUUGCUUGGGUUUCUUCCACCAAACUCACUUCUUUGUUUUCUUAUAGGAUGAAUACUAGUCAUUGCUUUGCUCUCACUAUUUGUGGGUCAUCUUUAAUUUAAUACCCCCUUUUUGUUCUUGCUUCAAGUUAUUGAUUCCUAGUAUUGUAAUUUUAUUCAUUCUUUUACUAUUUUAUUGGAGUUUUAUUUUCUUCAUCAUCAUUGAGAAGUUUGUGUUGGAUAUUUUGAGAUUUGGUGUUGUAUGGGAUGGGGGUGGUGAUGCUAGCCAUGCUCCAGCUGAUGAAACUCUGUGUCAUUUGCUUUGCUUUGGCUGUCCAAGGAUCUACAGACUCCAAUAUAUCCCCAUCUCCAGCAAGCUUUUCUUUAGUUCCUCCGAUAGAAGGAACACCUGGUCCUGCAUAUCAUAGAAACUCAUGGAGAACAAGUGCACCAAGCUCAUCAUCACAGCCAAAUGGGUCAGAUUCUCACCCUCCACUUGCAUCACCGCCCCUCACAUCUGCCCCAUUGCCCGGAGGGAUCCAAGGGCUUGUACCAUCCUUGUCACCAAGCACUCCAACUGUGUCAAGCACUCCAACUGUAUCGCCACCAUAUAGAACAGCUCCUCCACCUCUGACUAUUCAAGGACAUGUACCAUCCAUACCACCAAGUCAUAGAAAGUCAUGGAGAACAAGUGCACCAAGCUCAUCAUUACAGCCAAAUGGGUCAGAUUCUCACCCUCCACUUGCAUCACCGCCCCUUACAUCUGCCCCAUUGCCCAAAGGGAUCCAAGAGCUUGUACCAUCCUUGUCACCAAGCACUCCAACUGUGUCAAGCACUCCAACUGUAUCGCCACCAUAUAGAACAGCUCCUCCACCUCUGACUAUUCAAGGACAUGUACCAUCCAUACCGCCAAGUCCUUCACCAGUUAAGAAGACUGCUGCAUCAAUGCCAGUUGCUGCUCCAGUAGCAACUCCUAGGAAUUUGCCACAAAACUCACCAGUCAGCCAACCAGGUGUGCCAGGAACUUUGUCACCAAGCUCUCAUCAAAGCAAUGCACCAGAUAAUAAGGCUCCCAUCCCAGAACCAGUUACUCCAGUAACCGUUGCAUCACCACCAAGGAAAGUGGGACAAAAUCCACCUGCAGUUCACCCAAAUAUGCCAGAAAUAACACCAUCCGUAUUACCUGUGCCAGUUGCAUCACCGCCAAGUAAAUUGCCACAAAAUUCACCGGUCAUCCAUCCUGUUAUGCCUGGUGAAUCCCCAUCCAUAUUACCAGACCCUGAUGUCUCACCUGCUUCUACUCCUCCUUCAAGCAUUGGUUGGAAGAGGAAUAGAAUUCCGGAGGCUGCACCUCCUCAUGAAACACCCAAGCCAUUAACCCCUGGGGACCAUUCUCCUGCUCAAGCUCCUUCCACACACAAAGAUAUGAUUCAUUCUGAUUAUUCUCCUGCACCAUCUAUUUUAUCUCCUAAAUCUCCAUUAAAUAAAGGGUAUCAUUCUCCUGCACCUCCACCUACAACCUCAUUUUAUAAGCAUCACCAUACAAGGAACAAAAUCACCAGUCCUGCUCCUGCAUCAUCAUAUCCGGUUUCUCCUCCCACUAAAAAACAGCAAGGUCCGGUCGUCUCUCCAGCCUUACCUCCAAUAAGGGGACCAAAGCACUAUGCUCCUUCUCCCCUGAAGCAAGACCCUGAUGUCUCACCUUCAUCAACUCCUCCUUCAAUCCUAGGAGGAAAGAGGAAUAGGAUUCCAGAGGCUGCACCUCCACAUGAAACAUUCAAGCCAUUACCCCCUGUGGACCAUUCACCAGCACAAGGUCCGGCCAUGUCUCCAGGUUUGCUUCCGAGAAGUAGACAAACACACUAUGCUCCUCCUCCCCUGAUGCCAGUUUCCCGAUCUCAUGUCCCCCUUCCUUCACCAAUGAGCAAUGUUUCACCUGCUCCUUCUCCACCUCCAAAAGCUGCAUCCAGCCAUACCAAAAUGCCCCUUCUUCCCCCUAAUGUUUCGCCUUCUGGAUCGAAGAGUCCAAAGAUGCCAGUCCUGCCACCACUUAAAGCAUUCCCACCUCCACCUCCAAAUGAAGAUUGUUCAUCAACCAUAUGCACAGAACCCUAUACGAAUACUCCUCCUGGGUCACCCUGUGGCUGUGUCUGGCCCAUGCAAGUUGGACUGCUCCUGAGUGUUGAUCUGUAUACCUUCUUCCCUUUGGUUUCAGAGCUGGCUAAAGAAACUGCUGCUGGGGUUUUUAUGAAACAAAGUCAAGUUCGCAUUAUUGGAGCCAAUGCUGAUAGUCAGCAAGCAGAGAAGACUAUUGUCAAUAUUGACUUGGUACCCCUAGACGAAAAGUUUGAUAGUACCACAGCCAUGUUGACUUUUCAGAGAUUUUGGCAUAAACAAGUUGUUAUAAAAUCUUCCAACUUUGGAGACUAUGAAGUACUAUAUGUCCGCUACCCUGGUUUGCCCCCAUCUCCACCUUUACCUUCAGGCAUUACUAUAAUAGAUGGUGGUCCGUAUUCUGGUACUAGCAAUGCAAGGACAAAUAAACCUCUUGGGGUCGACGUGCAGAAAGGGCGGCACAAUAAUGGGCUUAGUGGUGGCGUAAUUGCUAUUAUUGCACUUUCAGCUUUUGUAGGGGUGUUCUUAUGCUCUGCUGCUGCUUGGGUGGUGCUCUUCAAACAUAGAAACAAUGUUUGUGGAACAGUGCCAACUGCACAUGCUUUGCCACCUCUAACCAAACCAUCAGGGCUUGCUGGGUCUUUGAUGGGAAGUGGGCCCAGUUCUGCGUCAUUAUCAUUUGGAUCCAGUAUUCCUCCUUAUACUGGAUCUGCGAAGACAUUCAGUAUGAGCGAUAUAGAGAAAGCUACUGACAAUUUUGAUGUUUCAAGAAUACUUGGGGAAGGUGGCUUUGGCCUUGUUUACAGUGGUGUUCUUGAAGAUGGGACCAAAGUAGCUGUCAAAGUUUUAAAGAGAGACGAUCAGCAGGGAGGGCGGGAGUUCUUAGCAGAAGUUGAGAUGCUUAGCCGUCUUCAUCAUCGUAACUUAGUCAAGUUGAUUGGUAUAUGUACAGAGGAGCGUGCUCGCAGCUUGGUUUAUGAACUCAUUCCAAAUGGCAGUGUGGAAUCUCAUUUACAUGGAGUUGACAAGGAAACUUCUCCACUUGAUUGGGCUGCCCGCAUGAAGAUAGCACUUGGCGCUGCUCGUGGUCUAGCUUAUCUGCAUGAGGAUUCCAGCCCUCGUGUCAUACAUAGGGACUUCAAGUCCAGCAACAUCUUGUUGGAACAUGAUUUUACACCAAAAGUGUCUGAUUUUGGUUUGGCUCGAACUGCCUUGGAUGAGGAAAACAGACACAUAUCAACACGUGUCAUGGGAACUUUUGGGUAUGUGGCCCCGGAGUAUGCGAUGACUGGUCAUCUUCUUGUAAAAAGUGAUGUUUACAGUUAUGGAGUUGUCCUUCUUGAGCUUUUGACUGGGAGAAAACCAGUAGAUAUGUCGCAACCACCUGGCCAAGAGAAUUUAGUGGCAUGGGCCCGUCCGCUCCUCACUAGUAAAGAAGGUUUGGAGACAAUGAUAGAUGCAUCUCUAGGAUCUGAUGUGCCUUUUGAUAGCAUUGCCAAAGUAGCAGCCAUUGCAUCAAUGUGUGUACAACCAGAGGUAUCACACCGUCCAUUUAUGGGUGAGGUUGUUCAGGCCUUAAAACUGGUAUGUAAUGAGUGUGAUGAGGCAAAGAUAGGUUCAAGAUGCUCAAGCCAAGAAGAUUUGUCAAUUGACAUGGAUGCUGGUGUUGUUACUGGCUCAGGACAGUUGCCAGAUCCUUUGCCAAGUGAUUACUUUGUUCCUAACUUUAAUUCCGGAAUUGAUAUUGAGAGAGGACUAUCGGUAUCAGAUUUAUUUAGUUCAUCGGCAAGAUUGGAAAGACAGGCAUCUGGGUCAUUUAGGAGGUACUGUAGUACAGGUCCUUUGAGAACAGGAAGGGGCAGGCACUUCUGGCAGAGAAUUAGGAGAUUGUCUGGGGGCAGUGUGAGUGAACAUGGGGUUAUGUUCAGGUUAUGGCCAGGUUCCCAUUGAAUGCUAUAAAUUGCAGUGGCUAAAGGUUGAUUUUUCUUUGAAUUUUUGGAACUUAAAUUUGGAAGCACAAGCAGGAAGUUGUUCCAUCAUGCUGACAAGAAUGGCUUGCUGAGGCUCGGAAGUGGAAGUUAUGAUUGGAACUGCAAUACUUGAGCUGCCAUAAAUUAACAUCUGGAUGCAAAUGCUUAUUGGGAAGAGUUUGAAUAUAAUUCAGAUUUGCAGUAAUAAUUAUCAAAUGAUAAUGGAAGUUGGUCUCGGACAGGGCCUCCAUUGUCUGUCUAUAAUUGAAUUGAUGGAGUUGCAUUAGCAAUAAUUCUGGAUCGAGGCUACUACAACGUUUUCAAACUGUCAGUCCACUGAUGUGUAAUUGAAAAAAGAAAAGGUUGCUUUUACUACUGAAAAUGUAUAUAACAUUUUGUAUCGAGAAAUGCUUCCUGUUAGAUUCAAUUCUCCACUUCCAACGCAGUGAAUUUUGUAGUUACGCUGUUACUUUUCAUAGGAUGUAAAUAAUUUAUUUUGGAUAAUGAACGCAGAUUUUUCAUUCA